CUCAGGUCCCCGCCUCCGGGGCCCUGCCCUCAGGAGCCGCCCCUUCUCCGGCUGGCCCGCCCGGCGCCGAGCGCGGCCCGCGGACCCGCUGAGGGGUUGGGGGGAGGCGGUGGCGCGCCGCACCCCCCCGGCAGCCGCACCCUGGCCUCCAUGGGCCGUGGCGUCGCGCUCCUGCGCGCCGGAUGAGCGCAGAGACCCCACGCCGGCCGCUGCGUGCCCGGGGCCUCACCCGGCUGCGCCCCCAGCUCCGCGGACGAGGGCCGCCGGGCGCGGCCGCUCCAGAGAGGCGACAGGGGACGGCCCCGAGAUGGCCAGGCCAGCGGGCGCUCUGGCGGCGGGCGCCCUCCACGUGGUGCGGGCCCGGGGGCAGCCCCCGAGCUGGUAGCCGCCCGACGCCCGGUGGACGCCGAGCCGCGCCGCGGCACUUGGGUCGGGCCAGGCCAGGACCAGCCGGGGCCCGGGCGGGGCGCGCUCCCGGAGGGCGCCCGGAGCCCCAGGCCGCGCGGCCAUGAAGAUGAUCCUGGUUCGCAGGUUCCGCGUGCUGAUCCUCAUGGUGUUCCUGGUGGCCUGCGCUCUGCACAUCGUGUUGGACUUGCUGCCCAAGCUGGAGCAGCGCGCCGUGCGGCCGCCGGGGGAGCCCGGCUGCUCGUGCGCGCAACCCGCGGCCGAGGCGGCGGCGCCCGGCUGGGCGAAGGCGCGGGGCCGCCCCGGGGAGCCCCCGGCCGCCGCCUCCGCGGCCGGCGACGCGGGCUGGCCCAACAAACACACGCUGCGCAUCCUGCAGGACUUCAGCUCCGACCCCUCCUCCAACCUCACGUCCCACUCGCUGGAGAAGCUGCCGGCUGCCGCCGAGCCGGCCGAAGGAGCCUCGCAGGGGCAGGAGGCCGGCGGCCCCCGCGCCCGCGACCCCGCGCACCGACCGCUGCUCCGAGACCCCGGACCCCGCCGGUCGGUGCCGCCCCCUGGCCCGAGCGGGGACGGCUCCCUCCUGGCUAGGCUGUUUGAACACCCACUCUACCGGAUGGCUGUUCCACCGCUAACGGAGGACGACGUGCUCUUCAAUGUGAACAGCGACAUCAGGUUCAAUCCCAAGGCGGCAGCUGAGAACCCUGACUGGCCGCGCGAAGGCACGGAGAACGAAGAGUUCUUGCCCACCGGGGAGGCGGCAGUGGACUCCUACCCCAACUGGCUAAAGUUCCACAUCGGCAUUAACCGGUACGAGCUCUACUCCAGACAUAACCCCGCCAUCGAAGCCCUGCUGCAUGACCUCAGCGCUCAGAAGAUCACCAGUGUUGCCAUGAAGUCGGGGGGCACGCAGCUCAAGCUCAUCAUGACAUUCCAGAAUUAUGGGCAAGCACUGUUCAAACCCAUGAAGCAGACGAGGGAGCAGGAGACGCCCCCUGACUUCUUUUAUUUCUCUGACUACGAGAGGCACAACGCAGAGAUCGCUGCCUUCCACCUGGACAGGAUCCUGGACUUCCGCCGGGUCCCUCCGGUGGCCGGCAGGAUGGUCAACAUGACCAAGGAAAUCCGGGACGUCACGAGAGACAAGAAGCUGUGGAGAACCUUCUUCAUCUCUCCAGCCAACAACGUCUGCUUCUACGGCGAGUGUUCCUACUACUGCUCCACGGAGCACGCGCUGUGUGGGAAGCCCGACCAGAUCGAGGGCUCACUGGCGGCCUUCCUGCCAGACCUGUCCCUGGCCAAGAGGAAGACGUGGCGGAACCCCUGGCGGCGCUCCUACCACAAGCGCAAGAAGGCAGAGUGGGAAGUGGACCCCGACUACUGCGAGGAGGUAAAGCAGACGCCCCCCUAUGACGGCAGUCGCCGUGUGCUGGACGUCAUGGACAUGACCAUUUUCGACUUCCUCAUGGGGAACAUGGACCGUCAUCACUAUGAGACUUUUGAGAAGUUUGGGAAUGACACAUUUAUCAUCCACUUGGACAACGGAAGAGGGUUUGGAAAAUAUUCCCACGAUGAGCUGUCCAUUCUGGUGCCUUUACAGCAGUGCUGCAGGGUCAGGAAGUCCACCUACCUGCGGCUGCAGCUUCUGGCCAAGGAGGAGUACAAGCUGAGCCUGCUGAUGACGGAGUCCCUGAGCAAGGACCGUGUGGCCCCCGUCUUGUACCGGCCUCACCUGGAGGCCCUGGACCGGAGGCUCCGCAUCGUGCUGCAGGCCGUCAGGGACUGUGUGGAGAAGGACGGGCCGCACAGCGUGGUGGAGGACGACCUGGGCCCUGAGCACAGAGGCCCCCCCCGCAGGUAGUGACCGAGAGCCGCCGGCCUGCCGCGGAGGAGGGACACGUGCGUCCACGCCCUGCGUUCAGUGACUUUGGGAACGGACGGGCCGCUCCCAGGGUCCGGGAACCUUCGGCGGCGGGUCCGACAGGACACGUCGUAUUCGUCCUCGAGACCGGAGGAGGUCGGGGAGCGGGCGCUCUGUGCUCACGGACGGAGGCGGCCUGGCGGCGGGGGCGACCCACCUUUUUUGUAUGCAAAGGAAGCGUUUAUGGACUAUUUUGUAUUCAUACGUGGCGUGUAUGUGCAUAGACAGAGAGCGACGCCCACACACACACACACACACGGACGCCAGCCCAGCCACCAAAUGCACACGAGGGGGCAGAGCCCACGGGGCUGGCCUCUCCCGCCAAGUUUGCUCACAUCUGGACCUAACUUGAAAUAAACUCCCUCCUCCCCUCCUUCCUGGGGGCCCUGCAGCCAGACGGCCGACCGUCCCAUCUCGGUGCCCGGGGGGCUCCUGAUGGAACCACGGGCUGCUCGACAGACUCCUGGCUCCAGAGUGACGUAAAUGACCACGUCUUCCAUUUCUCAGAGCCGCUCGGCAGCACCGGGGACGCUCCCCGGCCGCUGAGGGUGCUGCUGCUGUUCUGACUUUGCUCUGACGGUUGUGUAAAUACGUCACACGGGCCCCUCCGCGGGGCUCAGCAACAGGCUUAAUUUUGCAGCAUUUUUGUGGAAUAGAUUGCAAUGUGGUAAAAGUGCAAUAAAAAUACAGCAAAUGUG